CCACUUACCGAUGUCAGUUUUUUGAAUAGUUAGCUCUUGAUUGCAAUCUCAUCUAAUAUUAAAUGACGAUGCAGUUUAAGAUGGAAUUGGGCUUAAUUGAAAGAGGUACCUACUUGUACCUGUAGGCGGGUGCGCACGCCGCGGCCUGCUGCACCUCGGUUGCGCACCUUUCACUUAUAAGGCGCGAGUAUUGAGACGUGCUUCGAGCUAACUUUUUGUUUUUUUUAACAUACACACUUUUUUUUUGUUGGUAAACAGUGCACAUCGAGUAGGGCCUUAGUAAUACUUAUGUUAAAGAAGACUAAAUGUAUAGAAUUGUAAAAUAACUAAUAGACUUUAUAAUAUACUUCACAUUAUAUAUUUUACUCUUACAAUGAUAUAAUCAUUAAACAAACAAGCCCAAUAACAUAUAGUAUAUAGGUAUAGUCGCCUAUACAGCAUACCCUAUGUACGUCUCAAUACACUCACAGCUAAAUUAGAAAGUUGCGCACUAAAGGUGCGCACCAAAAACGUGACACUUUUUCGUUAGUUCAGUUGGUUUUACCCCUCGGAUUUUUCUCAUACCGGGCGCCUUAUAUAUAAAAAAUCGAUUCUUAAGGAGUAAACUCCAAUAAACUCCAAAAAUAAUUUGAAAUAUCAAUUAGUAUCCAAAUAUAGAAACGCCAAUAAUAUAAUCUAAUCCUCAGGAAUUUUGAUAUUAGGUUUUUGGUAUAACUUUUUCUUUGAAAAAAUAUUAAAAAAUUAAAACCUUAUUUUCCCACCGAUCUUUCAAAUGUACAUUUAUUGUAGUCCUUAAAUUAUCUUGGGCCACAAUAAUAACGUAUUUUUUAUUUGUUUCAGAUAUUGCGGAAGUCGUAAAAAAGUUAUAAAGACACUGAAAUGUGAAUUAUUUAUUAUCCCUUGGUAGGUAGUGCGGAAUAAAAAUUCGCGUGUGUUUUGAGACAUCCAUCUUGUGGUGAAGUGUAAAGUUAUUACAUUAGAGACAAAUGUGCGACGACUAACGGGAAAAUGAGUUUUUUUACGUCACUGGGGCAGUAUGUGGCCGGGGUGGCUGACAGUGUGGCCGGGCUGGCGCUGUCGCCGCGCCGCGCUCCGCCACCGCGCCACCGCUCCGCUGAUGAGUCGCAGCAGCAGCCGCAGCAGUCGCCGGCUACUAUGAGAGGCUUUCCCCGCGUGCUGCCGACGGAGGGCGCCUCAGCCCUCAGCGCGCGGCGCCGCACGCUGGACUGCCUGGCCCCGGCGGCCACGCCCCGGCGCGGCGGCUCGCUGCGGGUGCCGCGCCCGCAGCAGGUGCCCGAGAAGCCUACUAUGGCCUUCUGCAAGCGACGCCUGUCGUGGCCUGAAGUUGACAACUCUGUAAACUCCGGGGUCCAAGAAACCGACGGCUCCUACUUCGAGAGCUUCACCGCUCUCUCCUGGCGACAAGAGAACCGACGGCUGGCGGCGCUGCGGCUGGUUGAGGCCCGAGCUGAGAGACCUCCCCCUGCCCCGCAGGACCUCGGUCUGCCGAGUGUCUCCGCGCAGCUGUCACACAAGGAACACGAGCACUUGUACAACGAGGUGUUAUACUGCAUCGAGAACGCAGUGGGUGCACCAGCGCCCGAUGGUCAAUUCGCUUCGUACAAGGAAGAAAUGAUCGAAUACGCGCGCCGGGCCUUCAGAGUGCCCCCCGACGUUCACAUGCGGGCGCUGAGAGCUGCCGGCAGCGAGCGACCCCCCACCGUGGUGCUGGGGUGUGCAGUCAUCGAAGCUGAUGGACUGGAAGCCAAAGAUGCUAAUGGGUUCAGCGACCCGUACUGCAUGCUGGGCAUCCAACCAGCCUCGCUGCCUGCGUCGCCGCGCGCCUCGGAGGACGAAGGCCGCAAGCACGGCUUCCGGCUCAGCUUCAAGCGGCGCGACGGGCGACAGCAACGCGACAGUCUGGGCAGGCUGCCCGCGCGCUACAUCCGCGCAACUAGCGUGCGACCGCAUACACUGUCGCCCAAGUGGAAUGAGACCUUUAAAUUCGACAUCGAUGAUAUAUCUUCGGAUGUCCUACACCUGGACAUCUGGGACCAUGAUGACGAAAGUUCAGUAUUGGAUGCGGUGUCGCGUCUCAACGAAGUCCGCGGAGUUCGAGGCUUGGGCCGGUUCUUCAAGCAAGUGUGCCAGAGCGCACGACAGGGCAGCCAAGACGACUUCCUUGGCUGUGUCAACAUCCCGUUGCGUGAGAUUCCGUCAACAGGGGUGGAAGCUUGGUACAAGCUCGAUGCUCGCUCCCAACGCUCCUCAGUCCAGGGUCGCAUUCGACUUCGGCUCUGGCUAUCAGCUCGCGAAGCCGGUCGCCAUGACGAUGACAACUGGCAGCAGGUUCGACAGCACGAACGACUCUUCGCCGUACUGCUAUCGCACGAGGUGGACAUGGCCAUGAGCGGCGCGGCCGGCGGAGCGGAGAGCGAGGGCGGGGAGUGGGAGGGAGAGUUGUGUGUCGCAGCGCAGACGAUGCUGCACCAGCACGCAGUGCAGGGAGACAUGAGCUUACUCCAGGCAGCUAUAGCAAGAUUUGCAGCUGCGUGCAAACUUAACAGCGAAGUUCCUGUGGAUCCCAAGUACAUGCAUAAGCUAUUGAUGGAGUUGGAGAAAGAGUGGAACGCCAGCGCGAGUUUGAGCGCGGGCGGGAGUGAAGCGAGCGCUGUCACUACCCGCGACGAGGAGCGAUGGCUCUCCGGCUGCUUCUGCGAAUACGUGGAACGAGCCUUGCACCAAUUACGGCUGCACAGGGAUUUGUAUCCUGUACUUCAUCAUCUAAGCCUGACCAGAUUGGAGUUCCUUCUGCGAUGCCUCAAUCAAGUGUCGCAGAUGAAAGCGUUCUGGAGGUGCUGCCCUUUUAACAAUGAAAUCAGGAGCGAGAUAGUGAGUGCACUGCGCAAAGGCACAGCGGAGUGGUACGAAGCACUGUGCGCCCAGGACACAGACUCCGAACGUGGGGAAGAUCUGGUGAAUCUCAUCACAUUGGUACAGAUUGAUCUGCAGCAAGGACUUACAUAUUAUCAUCCGCUGUUUGAGACGACUAACAACGUCCCAUAUUUCAGCGUGGUGUUCACUCAGAUAGAUAAAAUGGUAUCAGAGGAUGUGCGACAGUGUGUAGAGCUGUGGGUGGCUGAGGGGUGGUGCGGGGUCGCCGAGGAGGAGAUCUUUGAUGAGCACGGCAACGGAAUGUGUAUAGUAUCAGCGAAGACCCUCCCGUUCGAGGUGUUGGCAGCAGUGCGCGAGCUAUGCUCGGCGGCGUCUCCCUCGCCGACCUUGCAUGCCGCUCACGAUCCGCCGCCGCAGCUCGUGGAGGCUUAUCAGUGGUUCGAGCCGCUGAUCGAUCGUUGGCUGGCCGUUACCAAAACGAUGGCUUUACAACGAGUGCGGGCUUCGGUGGAAUUGGAUCGCGCCGUGGAAGGGGAGCAAAUUGUUAAGCAUAGCACUUCUUCUGUUGACACGGCCGCGUGUUUGUAUCACAUGCGGAUGGUUUGGCGAGCUAUCGGCGGUGCUGAGGAAGGCACCGUAGGCGGGGGACUGAGACUGCUAGAAGCAGCCUGCGCCACAGCCUUGCAUUACGCUGAUCUAGUGCACGGUGCUCUUGCUGACCAGGGAUACUACGAAAACCAUGGGCAGAACAAAUCGACCGAGGAGAUAUGCACGAUCGUGAACAACCUGGAGUAUGUGCGCCGCUCGCUCUGCGAGUAUGACGACGACCAUAUUGCAAACGACGAGAACGCGCGGCAGUUGGUGCGCGGUGCUCUCGGCACGCUGGACUCUAGAGCCACGCGCGCUGCCGCCCCGCUAGCGGCGCGCGCCCGACCGCCCUUGCGCAAGGCGGUCUUCCACCUCGCCUGGUCGCCCGACACGCUGCCUACACCACAGGCUAUAACCCCACUUCUGGAAUUCCUGGAUCAACAUCUGUCGUCUUUGAACACCUGGUUGUUACCGCGGGUGUUCAUCCGAGCUCUCGCUGGCUGCUGGAGUGCUGUGCUCAAGGAGGUGUCGGCGCAGGCUGAUGCUGGAGGUGCUGAGAAGCCAAGAGUGUACCACCACAGGCUCAGAGAAGCCUUGGAUCUCCUCGCUGAAUUCUUCCACGCUGAGGGAAAAGGUUUGCCGAUGACAGAAGUUCACAACGCCGAAUGGCUCCGGCUGGAACAGAGGAUGCAGUACCACCAGGCUCCGACCGAAGAGCUCUUGGAGCGGUGGCUAGCUGAUAGAUUGAUGGAGCAGACACGGACGCCUAUGCCAUCACCAUACGGGUCCAUUCUAGUUCGAGUGUACUUCAAUCACGACUCGCUGUGUGUCGAAGUACUGUCGGCAAGGGACGUGAUUCCGCUUGAUCCGAACGGCUUAAGUGACCCCUUCGUUGUGCUAGAGCUAUUGCCCAAGCGGCUCUUCCCGAAGACCCACGAGCAAAUCACAAACGUACAAAAGAAAACACUGAACCCUAUUUGGGACGAAUGCUUCGAAUUUGGCGUGUCGUUGGAAGCGUGUCGGUCGCCACAAGCUACACUGGCGAUGUCGGUGUGGGACAAGGACGUGCUGACGGCGGACGACUUCGCCGGCGAAGCAUUCAUCUCUCUCUCGCGCGUGCCCGGUGUCAACUGCCAUGCCGCGCCCGACCCGCUGCGUCCCAUCGAACUGCCACUGAUGCAGUUGCACGAUAGAAAUCACCCUAUCCUGCAGAUUUUGGAAUCGCGAACUACGGACAAACUGGCCAUCGAUUUCGUCAAGAAACAGAGAUUACGUUUCGCCGAACAGUAAUUCUAUACUAAAAACAGCUUUCUGUUUUACUUUACAUUUCUUUACUUCUAAGCACACGUCCAUUUUUAAUCUUGACAAUAUAAGAGAAAUAUAUUUAAAAGAUCUAUAUGUGAACCUACGUAUUUAUUUCGAACGAAUAUUAAAAAAAAAUAUAUACUUAUUUAAGAUGUUAGUACACAUCAGUAUUAAUGUAAAUUGUAUGUACUACAAAGACUGUGUUGUUCUUCUGAGAGAUAUUGUGGAAACUUUCAUAACUGUCUUUUACUAUGUGUAUAGCAUGCACCUUUUGAGCUUAUGUCCUUAGAUUAGACUCUAGUAGAAACUCCCGACCAAAUACUUUAAGACUUGUAAUUAUUAUUUUGUAUACAUACUUUCUCUAGCGUAGAAGCACGAAAUGCACAUUUUGUAAAUAUUUUUUUGAGUUUUGUUUCCUUUUUUCAUAAGUUUACUAAGUUUUAGGCUACUAAAAUGAUUAAUAGGUAUUUUCUCUCUCUGUACAGUUAUUUUAAAUAAUGGCCAAGGAGAAAUAUAACGGAAAAUCUUAAGUGGAAACAUAUCUCAUGCAAUAUAAGGAAUGCGUCACAUCUAGAUGACGCCUGCCUGCGGUUUUCAAUUUAUCGUCUACAGCCUGAUUGAAUGACAAUAAAUCAUAAAACAAUUAGCUCUUUUUCAAUAAAUACACACCAUAGGACGAUGUAAAACGUAAAAUUUCAAACUAUUAUUUAUCUUAGUAUUUUCAAAAGCCACUUUUUAGUUUCUUGAUGGCUCUUCCAGGUACAAUAUGACUCUUAACUUUUCUAAAAGUGCUUGUACCUACUUUAAACUGGAUUGCUAGUACUUAUAGCUUAUCGUGAC